UAAGCAGGCUAAACACUGGUAAAGGAUUUGGAUUUGCUAUUGCACUCAAGUCACGGGGCGGCGAUGCAUGCUGAGGUUUUACAGAAACCUAUCCAGACCAGCAACACGGAGACUUCAGUGGGGUAGAGCAGCGGGGCUUGCCGAAAUUAUCACACAAUGCUGGGAGGUUUAUUGUCAAGGUUAUAGAGAUGGGCCGCCGACCAUGUUGCUAGGGCGACCAUGGGCAGCGUCACUCUGCGUUACUUCUGCUAUGGCUGCUUCUUCACCUCCGUGACGUGGUCCAUCCUCCUCUUCCUCUACUUCAGCCUGGGCCAGGACAGCCAGGUCUCACUGCACCAUGUGCCCGUCCAGGGGCCUCAGUCACACCGGCUCCAGCCACGCUACACCCGCGGCCCCGGGGUCCAGCAGCGGCGCGACCGCGACAAGGGCGCCGCCGGUGGACACCGCGAGGGGGGGAAGGGAGGCGCCAACGCCUGGAAGGCGGCCGACCUCUCGCCAGAGAUGGGUAUGAUCUUUAACGAGCAAGAUCAGGAAGUGCGGGACAUGGGCUACCACAAGCACGCCUUCAACGUGCUCAUCAGUAAUCGCCUGGGUUACCACAGGGACCUGCCCGACACCAGGAAUGACAAAUGUAAAGAGCGCUCCUAUCCCAUCGCCCUGCCGGCGGCCAGCGUGGUCAUCUGCUUCUUCAACGAGGCGCUUUCGGCCCUGCUGCGCACGGUGCACAGUGUGCUGGACCGCACGCCCGCCUACCUCCUGCACGAGAUCAUCCUGGUGGACGACAACAGCGAGCUUGCUGACCUGAAGGAGGAUCUGGACACGUACCUACAGCAGCAUCUGAAGGGCAAGGUGAAGCUGGUGAGGAAUGAGAAGCGAGAGGGCCUCAUCAGGGGCAGGAUGAUCGGAGCCUCCCAUGCCACAGGCGAGGUGCUGGUGUUCCUGGACAGCCACUGCGAGGUGAACGAGGCCUGGCUACAGCCGCUGCUGACGCCCAUCAAGGAGAACCGCCACACGGUGGUGUGCCCCGUCAUCGACAUCAUCAGCGCCGACACGCUGGUCUACAGCCCUUCGCCCAUCGUGCGCGGCGGCUUCAACUGGGGGCUGCACUUCAAGUGGGACCCUGUACCUGCCGCCGAGCUCAGCGGCCCUGACGCUCCCUUCAGGUCUCCUACCAUGGCAGGGGGGUUGUUUGCGAUGGACCGCCGCUACUUCAACGAACUGGGCCAGUACGACAGCGGCAUGGACAUCUGGGGAGGAGAGAACCUGGAGAUCUCAUUCAGGAUCUGGAUGUGUGGGGGGCAGCUGCUGAUUAUCCCAUGCUCGCGGGUGGGCCACAUCUUCCGCAAGAGACGGCCGUACGGCUCCCCCGGGGGUCAGGACACCAUGGCCCACAACUCCCUGAGGCUGGCACACGUCUGGAUGGACGACUACAAGGAGCAGUACUUUGCCCUGCGCCCCGAGCUGCGUAACCGCGACUACGGCGACAUCGCCGAGCGCGUGGUGCUGCGCAAGCGACUGCAGUGCCACAGCUUCAAGUGGUACCUGGACAACAUCUACCCCGAGAUGCAGCUCAGCGCCCACAACAAGCCCCAGCAGCCCGUCUUCGUCAACAAGGGCAUGAAGAGGCCCAAGGUCCUGCAGAAGGGACGGCUGCGUAGCCUUCUGGCUGACAAGUGUCUGGUGGCGCAGGGCAGACCCACCCAGAAGGGAGGAGCGGUGGUGGUCAGAGAGUGUGACCCACUGGACAGAGAACAGGAGUGGUCGUACGACGAGGAGCACGAGCUGAUCCUGGCGGGGCUGCUUUGUUUGGACAUGUCUGAGAUCCGCUCCUCGGACCCACCUCGUCUCAUGAAGUGCCACGGCUCAGGAGGCUCACAGCAGUGGACUCUGGGGAAGAGUAACCGUCUGUACCAGGUGUCUGUGGGCCAGUGUCUGGCCGUGCUGGACCCGCUCAGCCCCAAGGGCUACGUGGGCAUGGCCAUCUGCGACGGAUCACGGGCGCAACAGUGGCAGCUGGAGGGGUGAGGUGGCCAUGCAUGCACACUGGGCGCGCGCAUGCGCCACAUGGCCAGAGGUACCAGCAGACGCAUAGCGUCCCCCCCUGCAGUCUGGAGGAGGAAGGCGCGACGCUGGCCAAGAGAAGACGGAGAUAAAGAGAGCACGCACGUGAGCGAGAGAGAGAGAGGUGCAGGGGACACACACACACACACACACACACACACACACACAGCACAUCCUCAAGCAUGGAUGUAGAAAACACUGCUCUUGGUAAGCUACAGUGUUGUGGAGGACAUGGAUGCACACUUACGGUACUCAGAGUGUGUUGCAAGCAACCCAACCACCCUUCCCCUCCCCCUCUUUACAAACACUCACACACACACACACACAUUUUUCUCUGGAUCUGUGCCUCUGGUAGUGGAAGACACUCAUAUGUGUUUUUUGUUUUUAUUUGUUUAUGUAAACAGAUUUGGAGUGUAGUAAGUAUUUUUUAAAUGGUCUAUAUUUCAUAUAUAUUUUUAAUUUAUAAUCAUGUUGAAUUUCCCCAUCUGAAUUUUUACACCAAUUUGCACAGCAGAAGACAAUUAAGACACUCUUUUCUGCUUUUGAAAUCAAGAAGGAAAUGUAACAAGACAGUUCUGAAUGCCAGUAUUAGACUUCCUAUUGUCUGUUUCAAUUGAAUCACUAAUCUACAUUAAUUAUGUUUAUCUGUGAUGUUUUACGUUUUGAUCGUCAUGUUUGGCCUUAUGUUGAAGCGUGUGUAUGUGUGCGAGUGUGGGUGCACAUUUUGUAGAAAUACAUGUUUUUUACAUCUUUUAAAAUGCAUAUGUUCAAUACAUCUUUUAAAAAUCAUGUUGAUCACUGGAGUGCUCAGAUAUUUGGUACCUGUUCAAGACAGGAAGUCCCGCUACAGGAAAUGACUCAUAAUGUCGAGAUAACAAAUCAACAAAGAUAUUAACCUUCUUGUGUGUUUGUAUGUGUGUACAUUGCGUGUAUGUGUUUGGAUGCCUCAGCUGACAGUCAUUAACUGCAGUACGCUUCAUGUGACGUUUUAAGGAGAAGAUGAUCAUUCAGACUCAGAUUUGGUUCAGACUCCAUACUGACACACCCACACACCCACACACACACAUAGGCUUACACAGAAUAACCAUGCCCAUGGAACUAGCAAAGAAAGACUGUAUGAAUGACCUGCAACCGAGGAGCUCUGUAAUAGACCUGGUUCAGCUACCAGAGCGUAACUGACAGCUAACAGAAUGACGGUCAGUCUGCAUAGGAUUGUGCUGAGGCCGAAUGUGUUUGUACUGUACAGUUCAGUCUCAUGUUGUAUGCAUUUAGUUUUUGUAAAUGAUACCAAAUAAACAUGGUUCAUGCUGA